ACAUGAAACAAAAACUUCUAUGUAGGUCUGAGUUAGGCCUAUAUUUCAUACAUUGACAACCCCCAGCAAAAAUCAACACAAAGUUUGCAAUUCCCCCUUUAAAACAAAAAUUGUGUAAAAACAGUCACCUUUUUUCAAACAUUAUCUCCUCUGAGCGCGUUUGUCAUGUCGGCUUCAAAUAAGCACAGGACAGAGAUUGAACCCUUCUGAUUAAAAGUUAAUGAAAGAGUUUAUACAGAAUCUAAGAGACUGAUGUAUAACACGUGUACACAACUUUUUCUCUGUGUAAUAAUCCAUCCAUCUUCUACUGCUUAUCCAGGCUUGGGUCGCGGACAUGUGGACAUGUUCCAUAAAUAUUGAUGUUAAAGAUUUCUUUUUUUGUGAAGAAAUGUUUAGAAGUAAGUUGAUGAAUCCAGAUGGAUCUCUAUUACAAUCCCCAAAGAGGGCACUUUAAGUUGAUGAUUACUUCUAUGCGGAGAAAUCUUUAUUAGGGACCGAUGUCCCUUUGGGACAGAGGACCCUAUUGAAUUUCUAGCGUUUUAUUAUUAUUAUUACACCGCCGCCUCUUAGAGCUGUAAUUUGACCCCCUUAACAUGCUUCAAAACUCACCAAAUUUGAAACCCACAUCAGGACUGGCGAAAAUUACGAUCGAUUCCAAAAACCAAACCCCAAAACUCAAAAUUGCGCUCUAGCGCCCCCUAGGAAGAAAACACAGACAAAGCUGCCUCUAACUCCCGGUAGCAAUGUCGUAGACACAUGAAACAAAAACUUCUAUGUAGGUCUCAGUUAGGCCUAUAUUUCCUACACUGACAACCCCCAGCAAAAAUCAACAGAAAGUUUGCAAUUCCCCCUUUAAAACAAAAAUUGUGUAAAAACAGUCACCUUUUUUCAAACAUUAUCUCCUCUGAGCGCGUUUGUCAUGUCGGCUUCAAAUAAGCACAGGACAGAGAUUGAACCCUUCUGAUUAAAAGUUAAUGAAAGAGUUUAUACAGACUGAUGUAUAACACGUGUACACAACUUUUUCUCUGUGUAAUAAUCCAUCCAUCCAUCCAUCUUCUACUGCUUAUCCAGGCUUGGGUCGCGGGGGCAGCAACCCAAACGGUCCCGUCCAUUGCUGCUUGAAGCUUUAAUUUAUAAUUGAAUCACUUGUUUAUUUUUCAACAACUUUUUAGUGAUUUUUAUAUCUUUUUUUCCAAAAAAGACCACUAGAAAGGAGCAAUAUUUUGCACUGUUAUUCAAUUUAAUAAAUCAGAAACUGAUGACAUAGUGCUGUAUUUUACUUCUUUAUCUCUUUUUUUCAACCAAAAAUGCUUUGCUCUGAUUAGGGGGUACUUGAAUGAAAAAAUGUUGACAGGGGGUACAUCACUGAAAAAAGGUUGGGAAGCAUUUCUAAUUCCGUGAGGUGUCUAGAAUAGGAGUUUGCACAUCAGUCCUGCUCUCUUUGCUCAAGGGGAGCAUUUCUAACUGCGUUGACUCUGAUUCUAACAAUAAUUGAACAUACUUUAUGCCCAGAUCUCAUGUUGUGGGGCCAUUUUGCUAGCAUGCAAGUGAAAAUGAUAUUUACAUUUAAUGAAAGUGAGGGUUUUAAAAGUGUAUCUUGCAAUUUAACGGUACCUGAGGGGAUACUUUUGGGGAUUGCUGUGAUUUGCUUUGGUGUAAUACAAACUGUCCACAAUAUAUCUGUUUGUAAAAAUGCCAAUCACAUAUUUCUGAGAGCCAAAUGAGGAUUUUAAUGACGCUGAACCUCACUGGCGUCGUCUUAUUGACUGACUGAGCAUUUUUUCAGUAUUCCUUAAUUACCAAUGUCCAACAUUGCCGACAUGCACGAGCGCAACAUCCUGCCAAUCAUUGUCGGAGGAACUAACUACUACAUCGAGUCCCUGCUGUGGCGAGUCCUAUUGGACGCCGGGAAGGAGCGCUCCGGAGAUGGAGGCGUGGACAGGAAGAUGCAGCUGGAGAAACUGGCAGGAGAUGAAUUACAUAAUCGACUGAUGGAAGUGGACCCCAAAAUGGCUGCCAUGUUGCACCCCAAUGACAAGCGCAAAGUUGCCAGAAGCCUGCAGGUCUAUGAUGAGACGGGCGUCCCUCACAGCUCCUGGCUGGAGGAGCAGCGAGGCCAGCAGGGAGGCAACAGCCUCGGGGGCCCGCUGAGGUUCCAAGACCCGUGCAUCUUUUGGCUGCAGGCUGACAUGGACGAGCUGGACAAGAGGCUGGACUGUCGUGUAGACCAGAUGCUGUCUGCUGGCCUGAUUGAAGAACUGCGAGACUUCCACGCACGCUUCAAUCAGAAGGAAGCCCAGAAGGACAGGCCCAACUACCAGCACGGAAUCUUCCAGUCCAUUGGUUUCAAAGAGUUCCAUGAAUACCUGACGGCGCCCGAAAGCAUCACCCAGCAGGAGAAAGAAGUGCUGAGAAACAAAGGUGUAGCAGCUUUAAAGAUGGCCACCAGGCGCUACGCUCGCAAGCAGAACAAAUGGGUCCGCAACCGAUUCCUUAAACGAGCUGGAGCUGGAGAGUGCGUGCCAUCAGUUUACGGCCUGGAUGUGACAGAUGUGUCCAGAUGGGAGGAGACGGUGGUGAAGCCUGCACUGCUGAUAGUGGACAGUCUCCGCAAGCGUGAGCAGCCCGCGGUCAACGCCAUCAGGAUGCAGGGGGCGGAGCCAGGAAACACACGCAGCCACCAUACCUGCCACCUGUGCCACAAAGUCAUCAUCGGAGACCUGGAGUGGGCUGCUCACCUCAAAUCCAAGAAGCAUCACUUCCAGGUGAGGAAGAAGAAGAGAACAAGUGAAUGCAAGGACUCUCAGAGUAGGCCUUCAGUUCCUUCAUCAGUUCCUCCAUCAGUUCCUCCGUCAGAUGUUGAGAGUGAUACAAAACUCUCCACUCACACCACACACUAGCAAGCUGCUGGCACAUGGAAACAAGCACCAAGUCUUCAUGAAGGAUCACACAUGUCACUUCUCCAGCAUCAUGGCAGCUUCUUUUGGAUCUAAAAGCAAGCUGAAAUGGAGCAAAAGGAGCCUCAUGAGUUCAUCAUUUACUGAGAGGACCACUUUCUGACUGUUGGACCAAAAGCUGACUUUUGAGGAACUAUUCGUAAUGUGCUGUGAAAACAACAACAUCAGAUGUGACGUGUAGAAGAACCGGCAGGCAGCUUCGUCGCCCUGAUUUGACCAUCAAAAUAAAAAAGGGUACUGGUUUUCGUUUCACAUUAACACACCGUAAAAAGGACUGUGGAUUUUACGCUACUAAAAUGUCACUUCAUACUCCAAAAUUUGGCGUAGAAAUAAAAGUUGUACCAUUUUUCAAACCACUCCAAAAACACUGUGUGGAUUUUACCGUGAAAUCCUUUUUUUUUUUUUUUUUACUGUAAAAUCUAUAGAUAUUUUUUACAGUGUACAGGAGUCAGUGCAGAUAAAGGACUUGGCUUCAAUUCCAGCCUAAUAUUAAAGCCUCCUCUUACUUGUCUAUUUAUUUUCACCUUUAGUUUGUUUGAUAUAUAUCUUUAUUUUCUGGCGUCUAUUUUCUUACUUUACAAAACAAGAGACAAGAGAAUGUUGGACGGCUGACAAUAAAUAGAAUUAUUUUUCCUCUGGGUACAAUGGUCACGU